AUGGCAACUUCACCCCAAUCGGCCACCGCCACCGCCGUCGCCGCCGCCGCGACCACCACCACCACGAAGACCACCGUGACGACCCUCUCGUCGUCAUCCUCCGCGAUCGACGCCUGUGGGGCCAAGCGCCACAAACCCUCCCCCUUGAGCCAGGUCGAGUCGGACUCCACGAUCUCCACCGACGACAGCUCCAACGAGGCGCCGAUCGCCGACAGGAGGAGCGGCGUCCGGGUCGUGCGGAUCUCCGUCACCGACAGCGACGCUACGGACACGUCCAGCGACGAGGAGUUCGAGGAGCGGUCGAAGCCGCACCACCCCAGCCGCAAGGUCAAGCGCUACGUGAACGAGAUUAGGAUCGAGCCGCCGCGGCCGGAGCGGCCGGAAUUCCAGCCAAUUGCGGCCGCGGCGGCGAAGAUUACGGCGGAGACUGCGGGAUCGAGGAAGUAUCGGGGCGUGAGGCGGAGGCCGUGGGGGAGGUGGGUGGCGGAGAUAAGGGACGGGAGGCUGAGGCAGUGGCUGGGCACGUACGACACGGCGGAGGAGGCCGCCAUGGUCUACGACAGGGCCGCGCUCCGCCUCCGCGGGCCCGACGCCCCAACUAACUUCUCCAAGCAGGAAUGCGGCCUUUCCCAGCAUGCUGUUCUGCCUUUUAAGAAGAACAAGCUGUACAGAUGUUGUGCUUGA